GAGCCGAGCCUGCGAGCGCGCAGCCGGCCCAGUCCGCAGAGCCGGCUCCCGCGAGUCCCCUGGGAGCCGCCGCAGCGCCGGCAGGCCCCCGCGCCGCUGGGCCCCGCAGCCAGGCCCGCCCGCCGCUCCGCGCACAGGCCCGCGCCGCCGCCGCAGCCAUGGCGGAAGUUCAUAGACGUCAGCAUGCUCGGGUUAAAGGAGAAGCCCCCGCGAAAUCCUCCACACACAGAGAUGAGGAGGAGCUGGGCAUGGCGUCGGCCGAAACGCUGACCGUGUUCCUGAAGCUGCUGGCGGCCGGCUUUUACGGCGUGAGCUCCUUCCUGAUCGUGGUGGUGAACAAGAGCGUGCUCACCAAUUACAGAUUUCCCUCCUCACUAUGUGUUGGACUUGGCCAGAUGGUGGCCACAGUGGCAGUUCUCUGGGUGGGAAAGGCACUCAGAGUAGUCAAGUUUCCUGACUUUGACAGAAAUGUACCUCGAAAGACGUUUCCACUACCUCUACUAUAUUUUGGGAACCAAAUCACGGGACUGUUCAGCACAAAGAAACUGAACUUGCCAAUGUUUACAGUUCUAAGAAGGUUCUCCAUCCUGUUUACAAUGUUUGCUGAAGGAGUUUUACUCAACUCUGACUUGGCAUUUGAUCUGGAAGGAUAUGUUUUUAUUCUGAUAAAUGAUGUCCUGACGGCAGCAAAUGGUGCAUACGUAAAACAAAAAUUAGAUUCAAAAGAGCUGGGAAAAUAUGGUCUGCUCUAUUAUAAUGCACUGUUCAUGAUUCUGCCCACCCUGGCCAUUGCCUAUUUCACAGGAGAUGCACAAAAGGCGGUGGAGUUUGAAGGCUGGGCCGACACCCUCUUUCUUCUGCAGUUCACCCUCUCCUGUGUGAUGGGGUUUAUCUUGAUGUACGCCACAGUACUCUGCACUCAAUAUAAUUCUGCUCUUACAACUACAAUAGUUGGCUGUAUUAAGAAUAUAUUAAUAACUUAUAUUGGAAUGGUCUUUGGUGGAGAUUAUAUUUUCACAUGGACAAACUUUAUUGGCUUAAAUAUCAGCAUUGCUGGGAGCCUGGUGUAUUCCUACAUCACUUUCACCGAAGAACAGCUGAGCAAACAGUCAGAGGCCAGUAACAAGCUGGACAUUAAGGGGAAAGGAGCAGUGUGAUCAGAGGAUUGCUUCAACCACGUAGGCCCCAAUUUUUGAAUAGCUCAGAACACUGGCAGUUCCUACGCAGAUACAGAGGUGUCUCGAUGGAGAAAAUACCAUUCCUUUGCACUUGUACAAUCUGAGGAUUGAUUGCUGCCUUUUAAAAUUUUAUGAUGAGAGAAACUUAUAAUUGACUCUAUUUUUAAAUAUGUUUUAAUUAAUUUAUAUCAAACUGGAAAACAUACUGGGCUUUUUAAUUUAUUUUUCUUCUAUACUGACCGUGAAACAUCAGUGUUUUGAAAAUAUUUUAUUCCAUAGUUUGAUAUCCAGGUGUCUCUGAGAGCAGCAUAUAUAAUGUGCUCCAGCUGGAGCUUCGUCAUUUAAAUUGUUGCUGUGUCUGGAGGCAGUUUAGCCUUUCCUCUGCUGGAAAUGCAGCUGAGUAUCUGAAAUUUCUCUUCCUUUAUUUCUCAUGAUUGCAUAGUCUUCAUAAUAUCAUCACUUCAUUUGCCAAAGACAACAACUUUGGCAUUACAAUAUUUGUGGGGCUUUGAAAUGUGUUGUUGGCUUCCUUGAGAACUCAUAGGAUAAGCAGAGUGCAUUCCUUGAAAAUACAUUCUUCCUUCUUUCUUGUGGAGGAUGGAGAUAAUGAAGGGAUGGAGGAGGUAGGAUUUUCACUCAUUUAUAUUCAUCUCUCUGAGUCUUUGGUUCAUCCAAAAUGUAUUGAGUGUAUGUGCCAGGCAUUGUGCUAAGUACUGGGGAUACAGAGAUGUUUGGGGAGGUAAUGGAAAGGUUUCUCUCCUGCCGUAGUAACUGAUGGUAUAUUGAGAAUUUAAUUGUCAGUCCAUUCAGAAGAUGAUGUGACUGGGGGCAAGUUGUUUCAGCAUUUGAAAACUGCAGAUCUGUAAAUGGGAUUAGAAGCACCCACCCUACCUGCCCCAUAGCGGUGUGAGUCCAAAUGCUGCCGUAAAUGGGAUUAGAAGAAACCGCCCUACCUGCCUCACAGUAGCGUGAGUCCAAAUGCUGCCACGUGGGAUGAAGUAAGUGCAUGUGAAGAGCUACAGUUUGUAAACCAGUGCAGCUCAGUAUUGACACCUUCUCUGCACGAGAAUGGCAGACAAGCAAGGUGACCACCAUCUGUUUCCCCAUGCCUCCUUCCUCUAGGUUUGGCUGCUACUCUUUUUACUCCUCUUUGGAUGAAUAUGAUGAAAUCCCACAUUUCUGAAUUUGUUGGUUUGAGGGGAAAGACUUGUUUAACAUUUUUGUAUCGUCAAGGUUUUGUCUGUUUCUGGCAGUAUCAGUGUUAGAGCUAUCAUCUUCCUUCCUCCUUAAAUGGCAUGAACAAUAGGCAUAGCUCUCUCCUUUGGACACUCCCACCUACACCAUAUACCCCUGGGCUCACUUAAUGAGCUUGCCAACUUCUCUCAGGACCAAUGCUUCACCAUGGGAGAGCAGCUGUGAACAAGCAUUGACCGAAUUGCCCAUGGGCAGGGUUGGUGGUUGGGUGUUAACUCAAACACAGUCCUAUGACUUGACUCAGAGACAUCCAUUGACUCUGGGGUUGAGUGUGUUUGCUUGGGUCAGUUGUACAGUCAGUGUACAAGAGGCAGGGUACCCUGGCACUCAUGCACAUGCUAGCUUCUAUUUCACUGGCUUUGGAAUCCACUGGGCUCUGUUGACUUAAACAAUGAGAAUUUUGGUGUUUCAGCAGGGAGGCAGGAGAGUUUUGAUUUUUUUUUUUCCCAUUUGAAAAAUUAUAUUGAGGUUAUUUUCAUAUUCAUGCCUUUCCCUUAUUUUAGUCUGUGUUUAUUAAAGCCUGGCCAGUGGUAUUGUGUCCAUAGAAUGAGCCCUUUGGCCAGUUCUCAAGUUACAAACUCCAUGUAAGAGACUUAGGCUUACUUUUUUCCAGCAUCAUUUGACCUAAGAAAAUAGCACUGGAAGAAUAGGAUAUUAUCUUGAGUCAAAUGGGUCUAAUUGUCUCUAUCUUACCAAUGAGAAAACAAGACUCAGAAGAAGGUGACUUGCUAUAGAUCAAAAUCCAUGUUCUUUCCAUUGAACCAUGCAGCCAUUUGAUUUGAUGCCUUUCCCCUCUGAGACAGUAAGGAAACAGAGAUGUGAGCUGAGUUGGCUUGAGCUCUUUCAAAGAGGUAAGCGUUUACUGAAUUUGGGGUCAGAGAGGAACAGACUUUGCAAAUCAGGGAGAGUGACAGUUCACUGUGUCCUGGAGCCUUAUCCAAUUCUAGGCUGACCUCAGUUGAUAUGCAUGUCUGGCUGUAAAUGCUGCCUAACACUGCCUGUUUUGCUUGGGUAGCCUGGAAGGGCAUACUGAGAGCUUAUUUUAGUGAUUCUACCCAGCCACAUGAAGGGAGAACAUUAGAAAUAUUUUGUGUUGUAGAAUUUUUGUCAUGAAAGGAUUUUGGAUGUGUUUAAGGGGUGUUGGGCUAGAGCCUCACCAGGGGUUGAACUGCUUCUUGGGGCUGUGGUUCCCUUGGAGGUCUGUCACCUCUCUAGGUUUAUUUGAGAAAAUCGUAUAGUUAUAGCUUCACUGAAUUCAGCACAUGACAGGCCUCUUUACCUCAGAGCCCCUGGUUUAUAACGAACCUUCUGGCUGACCAGAGCAGUAUAGCAACUUAUGGCUUCUGCCCUGUCCAUGUUCUGAUUCCUGGAUGCAUCACUCAACUGCCACCAGCAUUUCAAAAUAAUAGGGAGAAGCCUGGGCAAUCUCCCUCUUUGUUGGAGAGUAAAUAGACUGGCCAACCACUUUAGGAGUUUGUGUUUUCAGUUAUUUGUAGGCAUGGUGUAAUAUAUGAGAGAGAUUUACCUAUUAGUCUGGCACCUCCCAGAAUGUCUGGAUUUUGCCCCAAAGUUGAUAUCUUACUGGGCCAAAAUUCUUUGACCUGUUAACCACUACUUCCUGGGAGAAAAAGAGUCAGUAUAGAGUUAAAUUCUUAAUUUGUCCACUGAGACAAAUGAGCUAUAAUAAGAAUUCUGAAAACCAAAUUCUAUGACUGGUGGCUCCUAUUCCUUGAGUUAAUAAAAGUGAAGUCCUCAGUCUGCUUUUAGUCAAUUCCAGAUGGAUUAGAAUAACCCUGUGUGGCCAGAUUGCACAUGUCAACAUGUGUCACAUGAGUUAAUUACCUCAUGUGGCUGUUGACUUUAUGAGUCAGCCAUUUGUAGGAUACAACUUGCAUGUAAGUUAAAAAAGCGCAUUUGCAAGUUUUCUUUAGUCCUUUUUAUCAGGAAUCCAUGGAAGUUUUGGUCAGUAAAGAUGAAAGAUCUUCACGGCAAGAAUAGCAAAGUUUAACAUGUGAUUGAUUUGGAAUAAUACCUAGGACUUUGGGUCUGCCUUUGCUUUCAUUAUUAUAAUCACAUUCAGUGAGCAAAGAUUUAAUGAGCAGCUGUUACAUGCAAGGCAUUUUGCUAAGCUCUGGGAAACAGAUAAAUAGGACAUGGUUCUUGCUCUCACGGAGUGUAUGUAUAAUUACAGGGAAUAUAUAAGGUGGUGGCCUGGACCCUAAGUAAGAGAAAGGAAACAGGCGAAAGGAGUCAGUGAUUUGUAAACAAGAGCUGCCUUUAUAGUGAUCAGUGUCACUGAUUUUAGGGGUACCCCACCUGUAGAUGCUAUAGCAUUUUUUUUUAAUCUGUGAGGCCUUUUUAAACUCAUGUUAGUCUUCUAGCUCUGAGAUAGUGAUAGCAUUCUAUUAAUAUGAAUAGCCUGAGUUCCUUCUCCUCUAUUGCACAUGUUCUUGCUUUCCCAUAACUAUGUAAUAUUGGUUCCUCCUUUGAACAAGACUGUAAUUGAUAUCCUCUCCCUGAGGAAAAGAUAUUCAGAAUAAAGGAGAUAAUGGAUAUAAAACUAUUUAAUACUUAGCACAAUGCCUAGUACAUCUUAGGCACUCAGCAAAUGUAGCUACUGUGUGAUUACUUCGUGGUGAGACUACAGACAAAACAAGAUUCUUAACUUGUGCUCCUUAAAUGCUAGAAACAAUUUGUGUGUUUCCUGAAAACCAUGACCCUGUACCUCAUUGCCUCUAGAAUGCUCAGAUAAUAGUUUCUGUUCACUGUCUUUUCUUUUUAAAAAAUACCUACUGGACAUAAUCGUGGCCCUUAUGUGAUACAGGUGAUUCUACCUGAUUUUUAAAACUAACAACAUUACUUUCAUAUUGUGAUGGUGAAUUUUAAAAAAGGAAAAUUAUUUUCUAUCUUAGAGGAAGAUAAUUUGUUUUUAGAAUGGUAAUUCACUUAAAACUUUCUCAAUUUUAAACUUUAAGAUAGCUCCUGUACAGGCUGGACAUUUCCUUCUUCCCUUCUCUGAAUUCAAGGAACUUGACUACACGCUGCCUCUGCUUCCAGGCUUGUCUCCCUUGUCAGUGUAUGUGAGUCUCUGGUGCCACCACUGUUUUCUAAACCUGUCUUCUAGUUCUUACUUUGAGGGUGCCACUUCAUGGUAUGAGGAGAUGUUAUACAGUGGGGGUUUUCUUUUUUGGCUUUGUUUUUUGAAAAUAUUUUUUAAAAAGAAAUCUACUGGUUAGAUUUAUUGUCACAUAAAAAUGUUUUUAAAGAUUAUUUUGUUCACAAGUACUUACUUUCUCAUGAUGAUGAUCAACUGAUUUUGGUCUACAGGUGUUAGCCUCUCACAAUAUUUUUUCAAUAUAGAUUCUAUUAUAUUUACCGAAUGACCAUUUUAGUGUUUUUAAAAGGUUUUAGGUAUGGAAAUCAGGUGACAUAAAUGUGAAAAUUAUGUGCCUAAAUAUUUUUGUAAUGAUGUAAAAUAAAUACUUUUUCCUG